GGCAGCCAGCACCUAGAAGGGGGAGGAGCUACCCAGCAACUGACUGACGCUGGAAUGUCAUAAACUCUAGACCAUCAACACCACUGCUCUGCUUUCGUCAAUCUGUUUACUUUACUCCUUUUCUACCCAAACUCUCAACUCUUCAUGUCUGAUCGAAAUAGCACUUCUACUUAAUUCUCAGAGAACUGAAGACACUCACCACAAUAUGGCUUCUGCAGGCUACCUGCAGAUCAGCCUGAUCUGGGUUGCCUACGCCAUCGCAGUAGUGCUCGCCCUCAUCGCAGCCGUGAUCACAACUCUCACCUGGCAGGCCCCUCGCGAACGAUCCAUUAUUGUCACCAUCGUGGCCAUUAUCAGCAUCACUUCUCUCCUAGCCACCGUCCUGCUGCUGCCAGUCGAUAUUGCCCUGGUCUCUGCGACGACCUCGUCCUCGCUUGGUGCCAAGAAGGAUUGGGCCACACCUGAGCGGGUCGAAAACAUCCUGUUCACCCUCAGGGUUGUUUACUACUCGCUGUACAGCUUCGAUGCCCUCCUAUGCCUCUUGGUCAUCCCGUUUUCAUACUUCUGGUACGAGGAAUACGACGAGGUCGAGGAAGAGGAGGGCACACGGGGCGUUGGAGCUAAGCUCUGGGGCGCCUUCAAGUACACCCUUGGUUUUGUCGUGCUCGUGGUAAUCCUCUUCCUCAUUGGAUUCUUCGUCCCGGCGGCCGGAAGCAAGGAGGGCAAGCACCUGGAUCUCGACUAUUUCAAGAAACUGUUGUCGGAGAACAACGGCGAGAAGGCCUUGACGUUUGGCCUUGGAUUGCUGGUCACGCUGGGCACGUUGAUUUACGUCUUGUACACCGGCGCAGGUCUGGCACUCUUACCAGUGUCCCUGAUCAAGUCUGCUCCCUCAAUCUCGGCUCCGCAGUUGUCGGAGACGACAGAGUCGCAGCUCGAGAGCAACAGGGAACGGCAGCGGCAGCUGGAGUUGCGCAAUACUGGCCGUCCCGAUGGGCUCCCCCCGAAAGACCAGCGCGAGAUGGAUGUCUUGAUUCGGGAAGAGCAGACAUUGGUGCGCCGCCAGAGGCUUGCUUCUGAAGCCCGUGGUGAAGGCCAGAGCUGGAUCUACCGCGCUUGGCUCAAGACAGAGGCUGUCUUCCGCCCGCUCAAGCUCGUCGGUGGCAUACUGCUCCUUCUUCUGGCUGUCUUGGUCUGGGUUUCCAUGCUCAUCACUGGUAUCGACAAGGCGGCAAAUUCUAUUUGCAAAGCACGAUGCGGCUACAUCCUAGGCCACAUCAAUGUCUUCCAGCCCAUCAAUUGGUUGUUUGUCAAGACGGCCAACGCAUUCCCCGUUGACUACAUCCUGAUGGCCCUCCUCAUUUUGUUCUUCUUCAGCAGCUCCAUCAGCGGCAUCGCGACGAUCGGCAUCCGGUUCCUCUGGAUCCGCAUCUUCCAGAUCAAGAGGGGUCGAACCCUGCCCCAAGCCCUUCUGAUCGCCACCGUCAUGCUGGCGCUCAUCAUCCUCGCCAUCAACUACUCCAUCUUCGCCAUGGUCGCGCCCGAGUAUUCCACCUUUGGCACCCAGCUGUACUGUGAUAACCCGCCCCGCCAUCCUGGAGAGCAGCCCGAUUGCAGCGACCACAAGGAGCUGAUCAAGCCCUGUUCGGAGCUCGAGGACAGCCAGGCCGCCAAGGCAGUGUGCACGCCCUCGGUCAUGUCAACAUUCCUCAACCGCGUGACACUUAACUGGCCAGUGUUCGGUGCAGUGGACUACUGGGCACAAUUUGCCUUCCUGGGUAUCUUCCUAAUCGUCUUCAUCACGUCUCUCUUCCGAGCGCCCAAGCUGGACCUCGCGGAGAUCGACGACGAGGCCGAGGCAGACGAGGAGGAAGGUCUUCUGGCUAGCACAAGCCGCCGCUUCAACGCCACCUGGCAGGACAUCACCGGUCAUUCCCGGGACCAUGAAUCUGGUGGUAAUCGAAACGGGUCUGGUCCUGGAUACGGGACCAACUAGGAACUGUUCUUGAGGAAGCCAGGAUGGUAUUUGCGGUCGUUUUGGUACUCACGUCAGGCUCGUCUAAACUUGGAGCGAGCAGAUGACUAAAUUAAAUUGUAUGACACUUUUGGAAAACACCACGCGGUGUUGGUAGGCGCAAAAACGGAGGACAAUGAUACGAAGUCAUGGAUGACAUGGAAGGUUGCAAUGACAUUGGUUGAAUGCUUUUAGGGUUGCUCGUGCUUUGUUGUAUCAGUUUGUUGCUGUAUUAGGCGCAUUAUGGCGGAGACACGAGCAACGGUUGCAUAUUAGUAUACCUCACUCAGUUUGUUUUUUUUGGCCGAGCAUGCAAAGGGAUGUGGUAAUACAACAUGGGUUUCUUAAGC